CACACAUGGUACUUCCGGUCUGCAAUACGAACGCUGAGUGUAUAAACCAAAGAUUUCAAAGAGCGGUCGAUCCCCAACUGUAGGCACGUGGAAACCCCCCUGAUGAACGGUACAGCGAGAUUGAGAUAGAUCCUCUAAUGAUGAACAUGAAUCGGCGCCAACGUCCGCCAAUGUAUCGGCGCCAACGUCCGCCAAUGUCCCGAGUCAUGCCAGGUGGUGGUCAGACUUUUAAACGGCCGGCACAGUACUCAGGGGAAGAUUUUACUGGAGGUCCUGAUGUCAAAAGGUCAUGUUUUAGAACAGGAGGUUUUCCUGUCAAGGGUCAAGGUCAGCAUGCAGACGGGAGGUGUGGAAUGACUGAUGCGGCUGAUAAGUCAAGGACAUUUUUUGUCUUCAACCUGAUGCUGAAGACGACAACAUCUGACCUGUUCAAGUACUUCGUCAAGUUUGGGGACCUGAUGAAGUUUCAUGUGUUGACUAACGCUGUAGGAAAGCCUUCAGGAUCAGGCAUGGUGCAGUUUGUCAACGAAGAGGCUGCUGAGGCUGCUUUUGCUGCUCGACCACACUUCAUCCACAAGAAGCAGGUCAUUGUGACGCGUGAUCGACAAAAUGAUCCAAAAACGAAUGAACAUGUUAAAAGGUCCUUAGAAGAGCACACGUUGUAUGUGACUGACAUACCUCUCUAUGUCUCUGAAGAGGACCUGUCCGUGUACUUCACACAGUGGGGAAACAUUUCCAUCUGUGAUGUAGCAGAAAAGGCUAAGAGGACCAGAAACACAAAGUUUGGCUUUGUUUCCUUCGUCAAUUAUGAAGAUGCCGUGAAAUGUCUGAACGCGACCCACAAUUAUGGACAAACCGUGAUGCAUGUACAUUUAUCAGCGAAAUGGAAGGCUCUUAUGAAGCCUGAAAAAGGCUUAAAGAAUAAUGCAGAUGGUGAGAAAUUUGAACAGACGAACAUGUUGUUUCUGACCAACAUACCUGAUGGAGUCACUCCUGAAGAUCUCAUAGAACACUUCUCCAUGUGGGGGAAACUCAUCUUGAGCAAAAUCCCUGGAAGCGUUAAAGAGGGCAAUAACUUCGGCUUCGUUUCCUUCCAAGAACAAGAAGAUGCUCUGACAGCAUUGAUAAUGCCCCACACAAUAAGAAACCAGAGGGUUUUUGUACGUGUGGCAGAAAAGACGUGUGGAUCUUUGUUGGAAGCUGCUAAAGAUCCAAAGAUAAUGGCAGCUGUUGAAGAGAAAGUCAAGAAUUGUUAUCUUUUUAUGCCCACUUUGAAUCCACUGAUCACCAGGGAGCUGCUGUACGAGCACUUCAAGCCUUAUGGAGGCGUGGCUAGCUGUAUGAUCAUACCGACUGCUUCUUGUCGGACUGGCUUUGUCGCCUUUGUGAACGAAAAUGAUGCUGGACGCUGCUAUAAUGACGUUCAUUUUCUGAAUAAUAUGAAAUUGAAUGUGCGUAGGUCUUACUUCACUAAAUGGGGUGGAGAAGAUACAAAAGGUUCCGAUUUGCAAACAUCUGAUGCUCAGGCCACAAAAUCAGCCAGUCCAGCCAGACCUGCCGAUCCUCAUGGACAUGCCAGUCCUCCCAGACCUGCCAGACCUGCCAGUCCUCCCAGACAGGACAGACGUGCCAGUCCUCCCAGACACGCUGGACCUGCCAGAGAUGUCGGUCUCGCAAAACCUGCCGGUCCUCACAGACCUGCCAGACCCCCCAGUCCUCCCAGACACAACAGACCCCCCAGUCCUCCCAGACACGCUGGUCCCGCCAGAGAUGUUGGUCUCGCCAGACCUGCCUAUCCUGGGAUGGAACUAAUGAAAGCCUACGAAUCACCAAACUCUGUUGCUCCUACUCAACCUGCAGGAUAUCCAACACCUUUUAUUCCAAGAGCCGCCAUUCUUGUCAGACCUGCCGUUCCCGUCAGACCUGCCGUUCCUGUCAGACCUGUCAGAUCUGCCGUUCCUGUCAGAUCUGCCUUUCCUGUCAGACCUGCCGUUCCUGUCAGAUCUGCCUUUCCUGUCAGACCUGCCGUUCCUGUCAGACCUGCCUUUCCUGUUCACCAAAAUGCUCAGCUUCCCAAUCGGACGCUGAAAAUAUUGGGGCUGGCAGUGCACACCCCUGGUUACAAGCUGAUGUGCUACUUCUCCAGAUGGGGAAGAGUUGAGGACUUUGAGGUGGUGAAGGAUGUGAGAUUAAGACCAACUGGCUGUGCAUUUGUGAUAUUUGAAAAAACUUGGUGAUGCAGAGAAAGCAGUAUUAGACAAGCCACAUGUUAUUGAUGAUAAGGAGGUCGAAGUAACCUACGCCAAGCAUCAUGAGAACCUGCCAUCUGAAAUCUUUCCAUCUUGGAGGGAACAAAGACCCCAUGAAACUGUCCAACAACAAAAAUGGCCUGAAUCACUAAAUCAAGGUAAUGAUCC